GUCCCUGGCUCUGCUCUCAGUCCGGUUUUCGACGACGCAGCGGAAUGGUGUCGUAGGGUGUACGCGACUUUUGGCGUAGUUUCAGCUAUGCUGCGAUCGACUCCGUUUGUGUCGUACUCACUCUAAAGUGAUGUCUCUCUGAAGUAUUUCGGCGUGUUUACACGUCUCCUGACAACCACCACCUCUACCUUUGUCUCAUCAUGGGUGUUCCUAAGAGAAUCGUCAUCACCGCAGUUCGCGACCGUUCAUCUUCGGAGAAAGCUACCAUCAUUGCACCUAGGGAUUGGCACGUCAAGUCCGAAAUGGAAGUCACCGUCGCCGAGCCCGUCGUCACCGCCGCUGCUCCGGUGAGGAAAAGGCAGCGGCUCGACCAUCUGACGCGGGAAGAAAAGAUCAUGAGAAGGAAACUGAAGAACCGCGUGGCAGCACAGAGUGCCAGAGACCGGAAGAAAGCAAGGAUGGAUGAACUCGAGGAGCAGGUCACUCGGCUGCAGGCAGAUAGGACGGCCCUGAUUGAAGAGAAUUGCCUUCUGCGCAAACGGCUGGAGGAAUGCCAGAGGGAGAAUCAGCAACUCGUUCAGAGGCUGGAAGCCAAGCCCAGCACCCAACCACCCAGUCCCAUUUGCACAGUCACUACCACUCCAUCCCUCCCUGCACCAGUCAUCAAAGUCGAGCCGUGUUCACCACCAGAGAUCGAAGCUAGCAGCAGUUCCUUUGAGUAUGCAUCGCUCAUCAGUGGACCUCUGCAGCAGGACCAGGUUCCGCUGCGAGCUCUUGCUCUCUGGAUGAUGCAAUUCGGCUUCUGGCAGCUGAUGACGAGUGCGACGACCUCUUUGCCCUGCUCCAAGAGUGCAGUCAAAACCUCCUCGGUGGCAUACCCCUCAACGAGGAUGUCGCUCCUCUGCCUGUGCCUCCUGCUGCUCCUGCUCCAUCGGCAGCAGCAAAGCCCGGGCAGUCGCCUGUUCGAAAACGGAGUGCCUCCUCGCGAAUGGUGGGGGCCUCACCAGAAGAGCUGGACUCCAUCAAAGAAUUGAUCCACUUCGACCAUGUCUACUACAAACAGGAAGAUGGCAGCACCAGCGCAGGCACAGCUGAUGUUGUCAUGGAAGAUGUCUCAACAACCGUAGCAGCAGCAGUGACAGCGUCGGCUGCCCCUUCCCCUUGCACUCAGGUUUCGACGUCGGCCCCAGUGUCCCCUGCAUCGGUCGUCGAGGUCGAGGACACCGUGGUUGUCGUCGAGGACUGCCCGUCCCCACUUCCUGGAAGCCCCGAUUUGGCCCCUUUCGAUCUGAAUUCGGUUUCUGUCAAGGGCGGUGCCGCACAGGGGUCUGUCCAUCCACCGCAGGAGGCUCUGUCAUUGCCACAGUCAUUCAAGACAGCUGCCAGCCCGUCAGCACACAGCACGGAGACCGGCUACGAGUCUGCGAUGUCCCCGCUGAGCGACUGCAGCUUCCGGGAAGACAGUCUUUUCGACGACUCUCCUCCUUGGGUGGACCCCUUGUCGGAACUGUUCCCGGCACUGGUGUGAAAACAAAAGUGGACUAAUAUAACAAAAAAAGACUGAAUGUGCGUGGAAUAACGGACAGUGAAAAGGUCGAUCGUUUUCUUCUGUCGCUGUCUACGUGCACCAUUUUAUUUAUAGACUUUCCGUGGAAAGCAAAAAGCUGUACAUAGUGUAAAUAUAAUGCAAACAAAGGUCAUGUUACUGGCAGUGGUGCUGUUACUGCUGCUACUAUUUUGUUGAUGAUCUUGUAUGAUAAUUAAAGCUGACUUGCAUAUACCUGUU